AUGGACUUGUUCAACUCUGACAACUUCCCCUCACACGUAGAGGAUCUCAUCAAGAAAUACCAUGUCCCUGGACUUGCUAUUGCCAUUACCCACAAUGGUACCACGGCCUCCAAGGCCUUCGGGGUGGCCUCAUUCGACCCUCCAAAGCCAAUGACCACCGAUACUCUUCUCGACAUUGCUUCCGCAUCAAAGUCUCUCACUGCUGCGUCUGUUGCGCUGCUCGUCAAUGACGACAAGUACCCCGACAUCAAAUACGAAGCCGAAAUGGCCAAACUAUUGCCUGGCGACUUUGUCAUGCCUGGCCAAGGCUACGAAGGCGUAACCGUCGAAGACAUCCUCAGUCACCGGAGCGGAAUGGCAUCCCAUGACAAUUCAUAUUUGGGCGCCAGGUCCAACAACACAGAUACCGCGCGGUCUGUCACGCGAAAUCUCAGGAACCUGGCACCCGCAGCCCCAAUCCGCUCCAAAUACAUCUACUGCAACAUCAUGUUCACCGUCGCCACCUACCUGGUGGAGAAGAAAACAGGCCUCAGCUUCGCCGACUUUCUCGAAGAGCGCUUCUUCCAACCGCUCGGCAUGACCUCGAGCAGCCUGCAGCCGGGACGCGCGCGGGCCAAAGGACUCGGGGACCGUAUUUCCCCUGGACACUGGUGGGACAAGGCGGCCGGCAAGUACUUGACCUUCAUGACUCCCGAUUUCCCCGAGGCACAGGGCGCAGGCUCCGUCGUGACCUCUGUCAACGACUACAUCAAAUACGUCGAGGCAAUAAUGAACACAGAGGCCCCGUUCACAGAAGCCGUGUACAAAGGACUCGUCAAGCCGCGAAUCAUCAUAAGCCCGGACGAUGAGCCGAAACCCUUCUCCUCGCCGCCGCUGUACGCGGCAGGCUGGGAGGUGCAUCACUACCGAGGCCACAUGGUUGUCGUCCACGACGGAUGCAUAUCCGGCUCCUCGACGAGCCAUUUCUUCGUGCCGGGAUUCAAAUUCGGAGGCGCCAUCUUUGGCAACUCGGACACUGCGUGCUCCGUCGCCGAGAUCUUGAUGCAGGAAUUCCUCGAUGAGCUUCUCGGUGUGGCUCACGACCAAAGAGUCAACUGGGACGAGGUGGUGCACGAGUCGUCCCCGGAGAAAAAAAUGGGCAGCGAGGAAAAGGUGUUCGAGGAGGAGCGGCAGAAGCUUUGCCCUGGUAUCAAGGAUUCCGAGCCUCAGAGCAUGCCCCUGGACACUUAUACGGGCGAAUACCGGAAUCCGGGCUGGGGCUCCCUCUUCAUGCAGAUCAAGGACGACCGGUUAUUUAUUGACUGCUCCGAUCGGUCUUAUGUCUUUACACUUACCUUCCACCAUGUAUGCGAGCAGAAGAAGUAUAUCGUUCUUUACAAGGAAGUGUCGCAAGGUCCGAACUUGCCAAUGAGGGCGGAGUUUCGGUUUGACAACAAUGUUCCCGUUCAGCUGGGCAUUGCGUUUGAUGAGGAUCUGGAUGAUUAUAUCUGGUUUGACAGGGUGCGAGGAGAAGGCCCAGAGCCCGUGGUCAUUCGCUCCAAGGGCACUGCAGCUUGA